AUGCAUACCUACGCAAAACCUAGUGAGUUCAUGGAGAUAAGUUGCAUGCACCCCAAGCGUCGGCGUGGAACAGUGCACUCGGUGAAUCAGUGCGGACGAAACUGCACUGGUGGAUCGUUGGCUCCAUUUUGGCGGCACGUGGCACAAGCAGAGCAGUUGAGUGGCAUCGAUCGUGACCGACGCUUCUGGAACGUUAUGGAUAUCGACGGAGUCGAAAACAUUCCCGACUAA